AUGGCACCUCUGGUGCAAGAGCUCACCCAAACGAUAACCCAGGCGACAACAACAUACGUGACUGCCUUUCUCCUUGGCGGUAACCAGGCCUGGCCUACCGUGAACUAUGUUACCCAGACACUGACCUACCCCUCUACAACGAUCGUCGAGGUUAAUAUCGCGUCCACUCCGACCAGCUCGCUGUCGCCUUCCCCAAGCGCCCACGGAGGACUCACGGGGUCAGCAAAGGGCGCUAUUGCUGGGUCUAUUCUAGGCGCUUUUGUGGCUCUGUUUCUUUGCUGGUUUUGUUGCUUUUGCUGCCGCGCGAGACCAUCGUACUAUCCGCCAUCCUAUCGAUCAACUGGAACCAGACACCCUUCCCCUAAAGGUUCUCUGAAUGAGCCAUCAUUCUCAGAGCAUUACCCUGAUCCAUACACGGGAGGCUCUUAUUUCCGGCCCGAUCUUUUUGUGGGUAAGAACGACGAAUUAAAAGAGCCUGUUGGGGAGCCCAGUCAAUCACUGUUAGAGAUUCCUGUAUCAGAGUCCAAGCAGCCACACAAGGGGAUUUUAAAACCACCUGGUGGCACGAAUCAUCCGGGCAGCCAGAACGUUCUCGAUGGAUCCAGCAUGUCUGAGAAGAUCCCUCAACUUUCCACGGGCACCGAUGCAUCUAAAUAUGACAAUGACCCCUCAGAGACUACGCUCUCAGCAGAUCCUGAUAAAUCCAAGAAACCCAAAUCAGGCCCUCCUUCGGCGCCCGACAAACCUCAAGCAGAACCAUCAAAAUCCACCCAACCUUCCACGGGCACCGAUGCACCUAAAAUCGACGAUGCACCCUCAGAGACAAAGCUCUCGGCAGAUACUAAUCUACCCAAGAAACCCAAAUCAAGCCCUCCUUCGGCGCCCGAAAAUCCUCAUGCAGGAUCAUCAAAAUCCACCCAACCCUCCAGGGGCACCGCUGAAUCUGAAAACGACAAUGCAUCCUCAGAAAGAAAUCUCUCGGCAGGCGCUAAUCUACGCAACAAACCCAAAUCAAGCCCUCCUUCUGGGCCCGACAAGCCUCAGCCAGAAUCAUCAAAAGCUCCGCCCACAGCCCCUCGCGAACAUAAUUCUCCUCUAUCCAAAACUUCCGCUCAGUCUCGCGGUGCCCCUUCUCCAGAUCCUCCGCCUGAUCCUCCUCCACCCCCACCAACGAAAAAACCGAAAAGACAUCCUUCGCCGCCGCCAACACCUCCCAGCCCUCAAUUGAUUGAGAUUCGCAGUCCCCGGACACAUGAUAUUUCGUCCGUAUACAAGAAGACUGUCGGGAAGGAGUAA